AUGGUGUAUAAAGUAUCGGCUCAGGCUAUUACUUGUGGUAUCUUUGUGCAAGGAGGGAAUAUCUCUAUGACUGUUACUUUUGUUUACGGAUUUAACAGUGUGGAGGAAAGACAGAGUUUAUGGGAGGAAUUGGUAUUUUGGAAUGAAACUACACCUGUUGCAAGGCAUCCUUGGGCAAUUGUUGGCGACUUUAAUCAGAUUAUACGGAUCACUCAGCAUUCAAAUCAUCAAAGGGAGCUCAUUGAUACGUCCGGGGUGAAUGAUUUUAACAUGGCUAUCCAAGAUUCAGAGGUGUUUGAGGCUCAAGCUAAAGGCCUCUGUUAUUCUUGGUGCAACAAUAAUGAUGAAAAUCCUAUAUCCAAAAAGAUUGAUCAUGCUUUUAUUAACCAGCAUUGGGCAUCAACGUUUCAGGACUCUUAUGCUGACUUUUUGGAACCGCAGCAAUCUGAUCACUCGCCUUGUUUGAUGUGCGUACCUUCUCUUCGGCUGCAGGUUAGCAAACCUUUCAAAUUCUUUCACCAUGUAAUUGAUCAUCCACAGUAUGAAGAAGUGGUUAGCGCAGCCUGGAAUUGUGGAUCUAUACAAGGUACAUGUCAGUUUAAGCUCAUGAGAUCUAUGAAACUUUUGAAGCAUGUCCUCAGGAGAUUAAAUAGACGGCACUACAGCGGUAUUUCUAAAAGAGUAAAAGCUCAGGCUGAGAAGAUAGCUGAAUUACAGAGGAGUUUGCUUACAAAUCCUAGUGUGAAUACUGCCCGUCAAGAGCAUCAGGCUAGAGAAAUAUGGUUGACACUUAUUAGAGCGGAGGAAAAGUUCUAUAGGCAAAAAUCAAGAGUUCAGUGGAUGCAUUUGGGAGACAGGAAUACACCGUUGUUUCAGAGGUCGGUGACUCAAAGAGCUUCACGGAAUCAUAUCCACUUCUUCAAAGACGACAGUGGAAGGAAAAUUGUAUCAAACGCAGAGAAAAAACAGCAUGCUGCUGUUUAUUUCCAGGAAGUACUAGGCUAUACCAGUCUCUCUACUUCGCCAUGCUCUAUCACUCAACUGCAACAGCUUCUCCCCUUUAGAUGUUUGGAGGUCCAAAUUGCAGCGCUGCAAAAAACAGUAUCUGAGGAGGAAGUUAAAGCAACAGUUUUUGCUUUGCCGUUCAAUAAAAGUCCAGGGCCUGACGGGUACUCAGUGGAGUUUCUUCGAGCUUCAUGGAACAUAGUGGGUGGUGAUGUAAUUGCAGCAGUGCAAGAGUUCUUCCGUAAUGGCAGGCUGUUAAAAGACCUCAACACCACAACCAUCGCACUAAUACCAAAAACGCCUGAAGCUUGUAAGUUGGGUGAAUAUAGACCGAUCAGUUGCUGCAACUUGGACAUGUCUGGCCUAGACAUGAACCCGGCUAAAUCAGAGCUCUUCUUUGGCGGAUAUUUGGCUAUUCAAACAGAGGUAUUGAGUGGCUUAUCGGACAUCAGAAUUGGAGCUUUCCCAACAAGAUAUCUCGGCCUCCCUUUGAAUCCCUCCAAAAUUACAUUUGCAACUCUACAACCAUUCCUGGAGAAAAUCACCAAUAAACUGCAUUCAUGGACUGUCAAAUCACUCUCCUUUGCCGGGAAAGUGACGUUGAUAUCAUCGGUGAUCUAUGGAAUGGUAAACUUUUGGAGCGCGGUGUUUGUAUUACCAAAGAGAUUCUAUGAAAAGGUUGAUUCUCUAUGUUCAGCUUUUUUGUGGAAAAACAAUACCACCUCGGCAGUAGGAGCAAGAGUUGCUUGGGAUGAUAUAUGCAAACCUAAGGCGGAAGGAGGGCUUGGGAUAAGGCUUCUAGCAGAAUUUGAAGUUGUAUUUCGAGUAAAACAAGUAUGGAACUUCUUCGCUAAUGCAGGAUCAUUGUGGGUGGCUUGGCUACAAGGAAAUAUUUUCCAUCGGAAAAGCUAUUGGAUUACCGAGGACUCGAACCGAUUCUCCAAAACGGCUUCUUUUUGGUUUGAUGCUUGGACAGAAUUGGGACCUUUAAUAACUUAUAUAGGAGAAGAAGGUCCAAGGAAACUUCAAGUGAGAAAGGAUGCGCGGGUUAUUGAAUCAACCAGAAAUGGGCAAUGGAGAAUGCCUGGUGCAAGAUCUGAGGAAAUACAGAAUUUCCUAAUGACACUAACGACUAUAGCGCCACCUGAGGUGUCUCGAGGUCGUGAUAUUUAUCUAUGGCGCAACGCGACAGGUACAUUCACUCAGACUUUUUCUUCCAAAGCAACGUGGGAGCAAUUACGGGUUCAUUCGGUCCCUGUUACAUGGUGUAAAACGGUUUGGUUCAAACAAUCAGUCCCGAAGUGUGCUUUUGUAACUUGGAUGGCAGUGCAGCAACGUCUACCAACAAGAGACAGGCUAAGGCUUUGGGGAAUGAAUGUUUCAUCGGCAUGUGUUCUUUGUUCAAAUGGAAUUGAAAGCCAUGAUCACCUAUUCUUUGGAUGCUCUUAUUCUUUGGAGAUUUGGCAGGAUCUAGCUUCUAGGAUAUGGCAAAAUCCUCCUCUAGACCUUAUGGCGGCAUCAACGUGGAUCCUACAGCCUCGUCAACCAACCCGGUCCGCAGCAACAAUAAUCAUCAAACUCAUCCUGCAAUCAACAAUCUAUCUGAUUUGGAAGGAGCGCAACUCUCGAAUCUUCACAACUACAAGCACACCUUCGACUUCGGUUAAGGCGAGCAUCGACCGUAUGAUUUGUCAUGGUCCAAUCCCAUAA